AUGGUAAAACUUCUAGCUUCAUAUGAUGAUGAGGUCAAGGCAGUUGUACUAGCCAAUGCUCCAGGGAAUGCUAAGUACACCUCACCAGAUAUUCAAAAAGAAAUCCUUGAUCUUAUGGCUAGUAAUGUGCAAUCAGCAAUUCGUGAUGAAAUCGGUGAUGCUAAAUUUUGCUUGAUUGUCGAUGAAUCUAGAGAUGAGUCAAGAAAAGAACAAAUGGGAAUUGUAGUUCGCUUUGUUGAUAAAGAUGGCUUCGUCAGAGAGCGUUUUCUUGAGCUUGUUCAUGUUCGAGAUACAUACUCUGCAACUCUCAAACAAGAAAUAUGCUCAGUUUUAUCUAACCAUAAAUUGGAUGUAAAAAGUAUUCGUGGACAAGGAUAUGAUGGUGCUAGUAACAUGCGUGGAGAGUGGAAUGGAUUGCAAGCAAAGUUUAUGGAAGAUUGUCCUUACGCAUAUUAUGUUCAUUGUUUUGCUCAUCAACUACAGUUGGCUCUUGUUGCUGCAUCAAAAGAGGUAACUGAUGUUCAUAAUUUCUUUGAACAUCUUGCUCUUGUAGUCAAUACGGUCGUGUCUUCCAGCAAGAGAAAUGAUGACCUCAAUGCCAAUCAAGUUGCUGAAAUUGAGCAUCUUAUUGAGCUUAAUGAGCUUGAAACUGGCAGUGGGGCUAAUCAAAUUGGAACCCUGCAACGUCCUGGAGACACUAGAUGGAGCUCUCACUUUGACUCAAUUUGCAGCCUUUUAAGGCUUUACAAGCCAACAUUUCUAGUACUGAAAGAUAUUGCUACUGCUAGAGGUUCAGGGACUUCAGCUUCUGGACGAGCAAAGGCUGCUGGUGCUGUGAAAUUAAUGAUGUCGUUUGACUUUGUUUUUAUUUUGCAUGUUAUGAAAGAACUUAUGGGUAUCACAAACCUCCUCUGCAAAAAGUUAGAGCAAAAAUCCCAGGACAUUGUCAAUGCUAUGGAUGAUGUUGCCACUACUAAAAAGCUGAUUCAGAAUUUAAGAGAUCACGGUUGGAGUAGCCUUAUUAGUGAUGUGACAUCAUUUUGCAAGAAACAAGACAUUGCAGUUCUAGAUUUGAAUGCCUUUUAUGCAGACUACAUUCGAUCACGUGCGCAAAAUGAGCUAACAGUUGAGCAUCACUACAGAUAUGACAUUUUCACAGUUGCUGUGGAUCAACAAUUACAUGAGUUGAAUUCCAUGUUCAGUGAACAAGCUACAGAGCUUCUUGUUUUGUGCGCUUCUUUGGAUCCUAAGGAUUCGUUCAGUUCACUCAAAAUUGAUGAUGUGUGCUUGUUGGCUUCAAAGUUCUAUCCAGCUUAUUUCUCAGAACAAGAAAUGGUUAAUUUGAGGCAUCAGUUACAACAUUAUGAGCUUUAUGUACCUACCGAUCCAAGGUUUCAGAAUUUGUCAAAUAUUGCUGAUCUUUGCCGUCGGCUAAAAGAAACAGGAAAAUCAGAUGAUUAUUAUUUGAUUGACAGGUUAUAUAACACCUAUUAUUCUCAUUUUUAG